AUGAGAGACUGUGGUCGGACAAGUCCCACCAGCGCAGCCAGGAUGAAACACCUCCGCAGUGAUGGUUCUUGGGUUCGUCCUCCGGGUGCCAUCCGCACCCGAUUGUUGCGUAAAGCCCUGCUGAGAGUGGUGAAACUGCCGUCGGGACGCCGUUGCUCUCUCCGUGCGCCCCUGGCAGUGCGCUCCGACACAUGCCUUUACACACUCUUCAUGAAGCUUCAAGGUGUGAAAGAGACAAAGAAGAUGGACGACAUCGAUUCCAUGUUCAGUCACCUGCUGGGAGAGAUUGAUAAUCUCUCUCAGAGUCUACUCACUGCAGACGACACGGCAGAUGGACUUCCUGCAUCACAUGGAGAAAGCACCUUCUCCAUCGGCUUCACAGACCUGAAUGAGUCCCUUCAUGAACUGGAGGACUAUGACCUGGAUGCUCUGGUGGCUGACCUGGGAUCAAAAUCAACCAUAUUAGAAAUGAGACUUAACACUGAUCAACAUACCGACAGCCUCACUGAUGACCCGAUUACGACACCCGACAUGACUCAGGGAUCUGAUACAGUAGCUGCCUUCCAACCACCGUCAAACACUGUUGGAUCGUCUGGAGCACAGCAGACGAGUGAAGCCCAGACAAAGGCGGACAAAAUAAAGUUGGCUUUGAAGAAGCUGAAAGAAGCCAAUGUGAAAAAGUUGAUAAUAAAAGUGCUGAUGACUGAUGGCAGCUUCAAGACUCUGAUGGUGGAUGAGAGACAGAAGGUCAGAGAGCUUUUGGACAUGCUGUUUGAGAAGACGCACUGUGACUGUAGCAUUGGCUGGAGCCUGCAUGAAACAAACCCUGAGCUGCAGAUUGAAAGAAGCUUCGAGGACCACGAGUCUUUAGUGGAGCCGCUAUCUGCGUGGACUCGCCACAGUGAGAACAAAAUCUAUUUUGAGUCAAGACCUGAGAGAUAUCUGAUGUUCACAGACCCUGAGUUAUUCUACAUGUGGAAGAAGACAAAGGAAUGUUUGAAUAAGAUAACUGAUCAAGACAAAAAACUCUUAAUCAAGGAACAUUUUGGAGGUUCUACUCUGAUUGUCCCUGAUCUUGAGGGAAUGCUGUAUCUAAAGGAAGAUGGAAAGAAGGUUUGGAAGUCUCGCUACUUCGUUCUCAGAGCCUCAGGCAUCUACUUCGUACCCAAAGGAAAGACCAGGACUUGUAAAGAUCUAGCCUGCUUUGUCCAUUUUGAGAAAGUCAACAUCUACACCGCCAACAACUACAAACAGAGAUACAGAGCUCCCACCAACUUCUGCUUCAUACUAAAGCAUCCCUGUAUCCAGAAGGAGUCGCACUACGUCAAGUUCCUGUGCUGUGACGAUGAACACACACUGUUGCUUUGGGUCAACUCUAUCAGAAUAGCAAAGUAUGGGACUGUCCUGUAUCAGAACUACCAGACUGCAGUGAGGAGAGCCUCCACUCUGCAAGCCCUCCAACACACCGGCCGUAAAGACAAAAACGGUCAAGUCCCUCAGACCAUCCCACAACCUGCUGGUCCAUUUCAACCAAAGAUCACAGCUGUUGAAGACUAUCCACAUGAGGCACCACCUGACUUCAUCCCUCCUCCUCCUCCUCCUGGACAGGCUCAUGUUUGACACGCAUACCCGUGUUCUCAAAUGUAUCAUAUUUAUUUGAAUUUUGUUCCAGACCAACAUAAAUCAUCUUCAACAGCUUUAUGACACAGGAAACACACAUUUUUUUCUUCAUUGUUUCAAUGAGCUGUUUAUUACAAAAAGACUGUACAUAAAUUUCAAUGAACACAUCCUAUGUACAAACUGAGAGAAGACAAAUAUUGGAUUCUGUUCCCAUGAACAUUUAAGUUACGGAUAUUUUUUUUUUCUUCUUUUCUUCCACGUUUCAUCAUAAGAAAAAACACACAUCAAAGAAAGGCGCCUUGACCUGUGAUGCCCUGAAAUGCUAGACGUAAAGUGGUAAACAUUACAAAGUUCUGCACGUCAGUGGUUGUCUCAUGAUUUCUCUAUGAAAAAGUAUAAAUAAAUCCUUUACAUACAAACUGCUAGCAAACCUUCCUCAGCAGCUUCAGACACAAGAUGUAAAAACAAGUUGAAUGCAAAGCUAGAAAUACAUUAGGUAGAAAAAGUUGUUUCCUCACAAAAAAUACAAUCAAGAAUGGGAUGUAGUGGUGAUGAUGUUCCUGUACGUUCAUGCACAGUGGAUGAAUGAAUACUGAUCAUCUGACUCAGUUGGCAUUAUGUCUUUUUUUUCUGUCUGUGUGGGAAACAUGAAGGAUUUCCCUCGCUUAACAACCAAAGAAAGCCAUACUACUUUUGUUCCGUUUCAGAGAAAAUGUUCCACUUGAAUGCAUUUCAGUACACAUGAUUAUGUUUGUUUAUGCGGCUUGUUACAAACAUAGAUUCUGAGUUAAACAUUAGCUUCGAUGAUAUUUGACAGUGAGUUUUACUUGCACCGACAAUCACUUUGUAAGAGCAGGCAUCAUAUAGUUGUAGUAGAGUUGAAAAAAAAAAAAAAAAAAAAAUCAAAUUUCAUAUCGAGUGCUGCUUUUAAGACCCUUCAGGACUUCAGCUCAUUCCUUCACUGCAGGUGUCUUUCAUGCGCGGCACAGCUUCUAGACCAAAAUAAAACACAUGUCGCAGGCUGAGUCUAGCUGUACUACAUUACUGCUGAGUCGCCUACAUUCACUAAGAUGCUGAAGUGAUUGAAGAAGAUUACAAUCAAAACUGAUGAAUGUUCACCCCUCAAAACACGGAGACUAAAAUCCUCUGUUACAUUUCUACGCAGAGCAGUCUUGAGUUGAGGUUGUUUGGGUUGGUGAUAAUGGUUAUUAAGCACCGAUGUAAAGCACCUCACCAGCAACCGAAUGAAAGAAGAAGUGUAAAGGUUAAGUUGAUGCGACUCUGGCGUCGCAAUCUGAGCAAAGACAGAAAAUCAUAAAGUCAUCACAGUUGUUGAUAACUAAUCAGUGCAGCUAUUUCAACACAAUGGACAAUUUUUAAAAAAACAACAACAUGGAGACACAUGAGUUAGUCCUUCCUUUGCUUCACAGACGCGGCUCUGCUACAGUAGCUGGACAGCAUGAAAAUGAUAUCGCUGUGACUUAACAUAGAAAAAUAAAUGAUCAUACACGCCCACUUUGCCCAGAUCAAGCUAUAAUGGCACUGUGAGUGAUGGAUAAAAUUAAUAUUCAAGUAAAAAUAAACUAAAAAAAAAACAAACAUCCAAUCUUGGCACCACCUCCACUGACACCGAUGGUAACUCACAGGUGAAAAAACACACUAACUGACAAACGUACUGUACUGGCAGCUUCUCACGUUACAGUUUAUAUACAAGUUAGAGAACAGAAAGAAGAAAAACUGUUUUUUCUUUUCUUUUUUUUUUUUGUAAUGCAUCCUAUACACUCAGUUCACCCUUUUUUUAAAACACCAUCCAUCCCCACCGACACAUACGGUAGCAUA